GGUCGCCCUAAGCCCCGCCCCUUCCUCAUGCCCUCACUCAAGAUGGCGCCGCCCUGGCUUCUCUACCCUCCAGCAGCUGGGAAAGGGACGGGAAAGAGGGAGAAGGGAGGGCGGCGGGGAGGAGAGAAGCCAAGAAGGCGGGAGGAAGGGGGAGUGUGGGGGAGAAGGGAGCCGAGGCGGAAGUCGAGGGGCCCCCCGGGUGGAAGUGACGCUACCCCCGCUGCCCAAAAUGUCGGCGCCCAGAGGGAGGUAGAGAGCCCCCACCCGCCACUGCCCUUGCACCGCGCCGCCAUGGAUGAUGCGCCGCUGCCAGCGCCCCCGCUCCCCGCCCGGGCCCCGGCCCCGGCUCCGCCCGCUGCUGCCCCCCGCGUCCCGUUUCACUGCAGUGAGUGUGGCAAGAGCUUUCGCUACCGCUCGGAUCUGCGGCGCCACUUCGCUCGGCACACUGCGCUCAAACCCCACGCGUGUCCGCGCUGUGGCAAGGGCUUCAAGCACAGCUUCAACCUGGCCAACCACCUGCGCUCGCACACCGGCGAGCGACCCUACCGCUGCUCCGCCUGCCCCAAGGGGUUCCGAGACUCCACCGGCCUGCUGCAUCACCAGGUCGUCCACACUGGUGAGAAGCCGUACUGCUGCCUCGUCUGUGAGCUCCGCUUCUCCUCGCGCUCCAGCCUGGGCCGCCACCUCAAGCGCCAGCAUCGUGGGGCGCUCCCGUCCCCGCUGCAGCCCGGCCCAGGCCUGCCCGCCCUGAGCGCGCCCUGCUCCGUCUGCUGCAACGUGGGGCCCUGCUCGGUGUGGGGCGCGGGGGCGGGCGGGGCCGGCGCCAGCGGCGAGGGUCCAGAGGGGGCAGGCGCCGGCGCUGGGGGCUGGGGGCUGGCCGAGGCCGCGGCGGCCGCAGCGGCGGCCUCCCUGCCCCCGUUCGCUUGCGGCGCGUGCGCGCGGCGCUUCGACCAGGGCCGUGAGCUGGCGGCCCAUUGGGCGGCGCACACCGACGUGAAGCCCUUCAAGUGCCCGCGCUGCGAGCGCGACUUCAACGCGCCCGCGCUGCUGGAGCGGCACAAGCUGACCCACGAUCUGCAGGGCCCCGGCGCGCCCCCGGCGCAGGCCUGGGCCCCCGGGGCCGCGGGCGAGGGCGGCGAGGCUCAGCCAGCCUGGGACGGCGGGCUGCUCCUGGGCCGCGCCGGGGGCGGCGUGCCUGAGCUGGGGGUGCUGCUCCCCGAGGGCGGCGGCGAGGCGCCCGCGGAGCCGUCGGAAGACACGCUGUACCAGUGCGACUGCGGGACCUUCUUCGCGUCGGCGGCGGCGCUGGCGAGCCACCUGGAGGCGCACUCGGGCCCCGCGGCCUACGGCUGUGGCCACUGCGGGGCGCUGUACGCGGCGCUGGCGGCCCUGGAGGAGCACCGGCGCGCCAGCCACGGCGAGGGCGCGGGCGCGGGCGGCGCGGAGGCGGCGGCAGCGCCCGCCCGCGAGGGGGAGUCCCCGUCUGGGGAGCCCGCGUCUGCCUCGGGCCGCGGCAAGAAGAUCUUCGGCUGCUCCGAGUGCGAGAAGCUGUUCCGCUCGCCGCGCGACCUGGAGCGGCACGUGCUGGUGCACACGGGCGAGAAGCCGUUCCCGUGCCUGGAGUGCGGCAAGUUCUUCCGUCACGAGUGCUACCUCAAGCGCCACCGGCUGCUGCACGGCGCCGAGCGGCCCUUCCCCUGCCACGUCUGCGGCAAAGGCUUCAUCACGCUCAGCAACCUCUCCAGACACCUGAAGCUGCACCGGGGCAUGGACUGACUCGGCCGGGCCGUGCACCCCGCCAUCCGACCUCCCCUCCCCGGCGGGCUGGACUCAGGCCCCGGGCCCCGGGAACCUAGGGACCACGAGGGAGACUCCCCACUGGCCCUCCAGAGCCAGGCACGGGCCCGGGGAAGAGGGGACCCUGGCUGGAGGACAGGGGACCACCCAGCGCCUGCACGGGCCCCUCACCUGGUAGGCGGCAAGACUAACCUCGAGGGUCCCGGAUCUAUGGAGAGACUCCUAACCUCGAGGCCCCUGGAUCACGUGCUGAGCACCCCCAAGUUAAUCGGCCUCUAAGAUGUGGGGACCUGGGGAUGACAAAGGGGUCUCCAAAAGUCCUUCUCCUCUUGGGGGCCCUAAUAAUAAAAAAUGGGCACCCCCUUCCCCACCCCAGGGAAGACUGCCCCUCUUCCUAAGAGCCAUCAUUCCAACCACCUAGAUCUGGAGAAUGGGGGGAACCAUGUCCCCGGAUUUCCCUGGAUCCCCCCGCAAAUGCUACCCACCAGGAAUCACUGGUGCCCCCAGAUAACAGAUAUAGCCGGAAUCUGCCUCCUCCCCUGUCACUUAUACCCUGUGUGGAAAGAGGACCAGGGUAGUUGCCCGGUCUCGCUCCCCUACUACGGAAUGGAUGGACCCUAAUGAUCUUUCCCGCCCCUCAAAACUUAGAAUAGGCUGGUUCAGAAUCCGACACCCCCCCGCCCCCUGUAGGAUGGACUGAUCGGGAUGCACGUAGACUCCACCCCCUGUCCGCUGGAAUGGGCGGGUGCGGGUUGCGGCCUGCACCCCACUCCUUAGAGCGAAUAGGGCAGACAUUCCUCCCUCCCUCCAGCUUGGGGGCCGGUCCGCGUCAUCCCCCUCUCUGUGAGCUCAAGAGUGGGGCGUGGGGUUCACCGGGGUGCCCCUCUCGCUCUGCUGUAGCACCUGUCAGUCUUUCCAUCUCCGUCAGUUUGUCUCCGUGUUCUUCCCAGCGCCAAGGGGAAGGGGGGUUUGGCUGGGGAAGUGUCCCCUGUGAGCCUUGACCUCGCCCCCUCGCCCCACUCCCCAGCUCCUCCUGGACCCCAAUAAACGCUGUCCUUUCAGCUGC